ACCGCCGACUCAAAUUCCAACCCCUUGACGGUGUUUUUGGUUCUUCAUUCCUGUAGAUUCCGGGUGCUGAAACUUUCAGAAUUCGCGGGAGAUUCAAUUCCCAGAAGAGAUGGCGGCGUUUUGGAUCAGCCGUAGUUCUCGAAGGUUACGAUCCUCUCCCUUGUCUUACUCACUCAUUAAAUCCUUUUCCGAUCCCAUCUCUUCGACAACUUCACUCAUAAAUCCCAUUCCAUCAGAACCCUUCCAUGAACCUUCAGUCUUUCCUAGAACCCUAGAAACCAGAUACAAGGGCUACAUCGGUUCUGGAUUUCACACGUGGAAAUUCAACUGUUUCAAUUCGAAUCUUACCAAUUUAUCCAUUGCUACUAUUUGUACAUCUUCUGGUGUAGUAGAGGGCACGAAAAAUGGCGGGAAUUGUCCCGGCGAGCGGGAAGGAUCAAAAUCCCAGGUGUCAUGGAUCGAUUUGUAUCUUCCUAAGGCUGUGCGUCCCUAUGCUCACCUUGCUCGAUUGGACAAGCCGAUUGGGACCUGGUUACUUGCUUGGCCAUGUAUGUGGUCAAUUACCUUGGCAGCAUCCCCUGGGAGCCUUCCCGAUUUUAAGAUGAUGUCACUGUUUGGUUGUGGGGCCUUGCUUUUGAGAGGUGCUGGAUGUACAGUCAACGACCUUCUCGACUCUGAUAUUGACAAAAAGGUUGAGCGCACAAAGUUGAGACCAGUUGCUAGUGGCUGUUUGACACCAUUUCAGGGGCUUAGCUUUCUUGGUUUUCAACUUCUGUUGGGUCUCGGAAUUCUCCUUCAAUUGAAUAAUUAUAGUAUUGUUCUGGGGGCAUCAUCUUUGCUGCUAGUUUUCUCAUAUCCCCUUAUGAAGAGGCUGACCUUUUGGCCUCAAGCAUAUUUAGGUCUAACCUUUAACUGGGGAGCUUUAUUAGGAUGGACUGCAGUCAAAGGAAGUUUAGAUCCAGCUAUUGCCUUCCCAUUGUAUAUUUCUGGAGUCUUUUGGACACUUGUUUACGAUACAAUUUAUGCACAUCAGGAUAAAGAAGAUGACUUGAAAGUGGGUGUUAAAUCCACAGCGUUGAGGUUUGGGGAUUCGACGAAGAACUGGGUUUCUGGAUUUGCGAUUGCAUCUAUUAGCAGUCUUGCUCUUUGUGGAUUUAAUGCAGAUUUGGGUAUUUUCUUGUUUUUGGCCUUCCAUGUUUGCCAGCCUUGGCUGAUAAUGAUUCUGACUUCCAUAAAUAUAUUUUGUUGUACAGGAUGGCCUUACUAUGCCUCUCUGAUGGCUGCAUCUGGACAAUUAGCAUGGCAGAUUUGGACAGUUGACUUGUCAAGUCGUGAUGACUGCAAUAGGAAGUUUGUGUCAAAUAAGUGGUUUGGAGCCAUUGUCUUCAGCGGGAUCCUAGUUGGAAGACUAACAUCAUGAAAGGGGCAGCUGCUUUUUGGUACUGGAAAAGGAGCUCAGUAGCUUAUCAUAGUGCGUAGGGGUGGGGUGGGGAUGCAGCAGAGGCUUUGAGUUGAAGAAUCAAGGGUGUCAUGCUAUCAAAAAUGAGUACCCAGUGAACUGCACAUUUCCAUUUUUUAAUGACAGUUUCUAUGAAUCUCCUUAAUCUUUGCCAUGGUGCCGGUUCCCCAAUGCUGGAUUGCCAUCGAUUGACAUGCAAACAAAAAAUAUGGACUCGAUACUCAAUUUCAGUGGAAAGGAGUUAGCUACUUGGAAGA